AUGGUCGUGCAGGACAGCAUGGACACUGGAGACAAAAGAAUGGGCGUGCAGCUAGAGCCCUUCCUGCACCAGGUUGGGGGGCACCUGAGCGUACUGCAGUACGACGAACACACCGUGUGCAAGCCUCUCAUCUCGCAGGAGCAGAGGUUCUAUGAGUCCCUUCCGCUGGCCAUGAAGCGGUUCACUCCUCAGUACAAAGGCACCAUUACAGUGCACCUCCAGAGAGACAGCAGGGGCUGCCUCAGCCUGGUUGCCAACCCACUCAAGGAGAAUCAGGGGGCCUUCAAGGUCUCCACCGAGUCGGCCGCAGUGGCGAUUUGGCAGACGUUCCAGAAGACUACAGGGAGCAUCACUAGCGGUGCCCACGCCCUCACCAAGUGGCAGCACACCCAGCUGGCACACUCAUUCAAGGAGAGCCCGGCCAAGGCACUUCUGAGGUCUGAGUUCCAUUUCAGUGCCAAAGUUUCCUCACUGGUGGAAGAAGCCAGUGGGAAGCAGGCUGAGAAGAGGAGCUUCAACCCGUGGGGCCUGCACUGCCACCAGGCACAUCUGACGCGCCUGUGCUCUGAGUACCCGGAGAACAAACGCCACCGGUUCUUGCUGCUGGAAAAUGUGGUGUCACAGUACAAGCAUCCCUGCAUCCUGGACCUGAAGAUGGGGACGCGGCAGCAUGGAGACGAUGCGUCAGAGGAGAAGAAGGCCCGCCACAUGAGGAAGUGUGCACAGAGUACCUCCGCCUGCCUGGGUGUGCGCAUCUGCGGCAUGCAGGUUUAUCAAACAGAUAAGCAGCACUUUCUCUGCAAAGACAAAUACUACGGAAGGAAGCUCUCAGUCGAGGGGUUCAGGCAGACCCUCCAUCAGUUCCUGCACGACGGGGCCCGCCUCCGCACAGAGCUUCUGGAGCCCAUUCUGCGCCAGCUCCAGGCCCUCCUCUUGGUCAUCAGGAGCCAGAGCUCAUACCGCUUCUACUCCAGCUCUCUCCUCAUCAUCUACGAUGGGCAGGAACCCCUCAAAAAAGUCCCAAGUGGCCUGCAUCAAGAGGCCCCGCAGACAGACCAUGAUUGCUCCCCUGGAAACCUCGCUAAAGUUGACAUCAGGAUGAUCGACUUUGCCCACACAACGUACAAGGGCUCCUGGAAUGAGCUCACCACCUACGAUGGACCAGAUCCUGGCUUUAUUUUUGGCCUGGAAAACCUCAUCCAGAUCUUGCAGGACAUCCAAGAAGGCGCAUGA